GUUAAAAUGAAUAUCCCCCAGUUUUUGCCCGCAGGCAGCAGCAUUUCUAUUGGUAACAAAUAGAUAAAUACAUAAAAGAAGUCAUGUUGUAUUAGAUGCAGCAUAAUUGUACAAUAUACUAGUGGCACAAAGUGUUAAAACAAUUUCCUUUAUUCAUUUCAGGGAUCAGGAAAGAUUCAUUAACAACACUUCAAUUUUGGUGUCACUGAAAUUUGUUACUUGUUUUAUCUAUUCAUACCUGAAGCCAGGAACAACUUAAGGACAAGGUGUAAUUUUCUAUGUUCAUUAUAUGUUGUAAGAAAGAUGAACGUAGUUUAAUUGAUAAGCAAAAGGUAAUUUAUUGUAAGAACAUUAGGGAAUGGCAGAAUAAACAGUCUCUGGAGGUGUGGGAUAGGAAACUAAGGCAUUCCAUAAGAUCAGGAAUCAUCAAAAACAACAACGGUCUCAUAGGAGAGAUAGAUUGAGGGAAAUUUAAAGAAAGACCAUCUGAUUGACCACCCUUAAGUCAUGUGACUAUAUGAGAUCCAUUAGGUAAAUCCCUACAUUUAUAUUAUAUCAAAAGACAGCCAAUGGUAUAAUUCGGUCUUUCUCAUUUGGACUUUGGAUUCUCUAACACCAGAUCGCACUUUGAGAAGUACCGGGUAUAGCAGUUUCCCAAAAAUAAAAAAGGAGCUAUUUGAAAAAAAAAUGGAAGAAAAUAUCAAGCAGAUAAGCAUACACUACUAGGUGAAAGACUAUAAGUUCCUUCAAAGAACUCACAUUAUUACAAAAGUUAAAGGUCCACAUAACAUCACCCACAAUUCAUUUCAGAACAAUAACAUGUAUUGAGAGUUACUCAAUUACCCUCUGGAAAGAGCAGAAUCUCUAAAGUUUGGAAUCAACCACUCCUGCUAUUACCUCCAGCACACCAGUUAAGGUUUGUCAUUUCCUAUGACCUUGAUAAAGAAAAGAUCAUAAAGAGAGUGAGAUACCUACGCCUCAACAGGAAUUCAAUGACACUUGCUGGGAGAAUGACUUCCAUCAAUGACACCCACUUCCAUCCCCCCUUGUUUCACCUGCUAGGAAUCCCAGGACUGGAAACUGUACAUAUCUGGAUUGCUUUCCCAUUCUGCAUUGUGUACCUGAUUGCCCUUGUGGGGAACAUCACCAUUCUCUUUGUGAUCAAGACUGAACACAGUCUCCACCAGCCCAUGUUCUACUUCCUGGCCAUGUUGUCUAUGAUCGAUCUGGGUCUGUCCACGUCCACCAUCCCCAAAAUGCUGGGCAUCUUCUGGUUCAACCAACAAGAGAUCAGCUUUGGGGGCUGCCUUGCCCAGAUGUUCUUUAUCCACAUGUUCACAGGAAUGGAGACUGUUCUCCUGGUGGCCAUGGCUUAUGACCGCUUUGUUGCCAUCUGCAACCCUCUCCAGUACACCAUGAUCCUCACCAAUAAAACCAUCAGCAUCCUAGCUUCUCUUGUUGUGGGAAGAAAUUUAAUUCUUGUGACUCCAUUCGUGUUUCUCAUUCUGAGGUUGCCCUUCUGUGGGCAUCACAUCAUCCCUCAUACGUACUGUGAGCACAUGGGUCUUGCCCGGUUGGCCUGUGCACCCAUCAAGGUCAACAUUAUCUAUGGGCUCAUGGUGAUUUCUAAUAUCAUUGUGGAUGUGAUCCUGAUUGCCUCCUCCUAUGUGCUUAUCCUUCGAGCUGUUUUCCGCCUUCCUUCUCAGGAUGCCCGGCUAAAGGCUCUCAAUACCUGUGGUUCUCAUGUCUGUGUCAUGCUGUGCUUUUACACGCCAGCUUUUUUUUCUUUUAUGACACACCGUUUUGGCAGAAACAUUCCCCGCUAUAUCCACAUUCUUCUGGCUAAUCUUUAUGUGGUUGUCCCACCGGCCCUUAAUCCGGUCAUCUAUGGAGUCAGGACCAAACACAUCCGAGAGAGAGUUGUGAAGAUAUUUGUACAGAAAUAA